AUGGCGGUGAUUGUUUUCGAACAUGCUUCUUGGCAAGCCGUCUUACUUUGUCUUUUAUUUGCUGUUAUAUAUGUCGGUAGUUUAUACGUUUGGGCAGGAAGCACAGAGAAGAAUAGAGAUCACCCUGAUGUCAUCAGAAAGCGGUUUGUCAGCAUAACAGUUGUGUCUGUCGUCGUUCCUGUGUUGGUCUGGUUGGCAGGUCGAUCUAGUGAGUCGAAACAGGCUCACACUUUGUGGGAAUGGCUCGGACUGAGGUUCCUCGGCUUCUUACCUGCAUUUAUUAUUCCUUUGAUAUUGACAAUGGUGCUUUUUAUGGGUCCACUUGCUUUGCAUUAUAUGGAUGGAAUUUUUAGACUAUAUUUAGAACCGAGGUACUGGGUGAACUGUAUAAAGAACAUGAUCUGGGUCAGAAAUCACAUUGUGGCUCCAUUCUCUGAAGAGUUCAUAUUCCGAGCCUGCAUGCUGCCUUUACUUGUCCCUGCUAUUGGAGAAAGUGCAGCUAUGAUUUUGUGCCCUCUCUUUUUCGGUGUUGCUCACUUUCACCACUUGAUUGAGAGAAUAAUUCACGAACAGUGUGAGAUUAAACAAGCAGUUCAAAAAUCAAUGUUCCAGUUUUUUUACACCACAGUUUUUGGCAUUUACUCUGCAUUUCUUUUUCUCAGAACAGGCCACCUGAUUGCUCCUGUUAUAGCUCAUGCCUUCUGUAACCACAUGGGUUUCCCAGCAUUUAAUGAGGUGAUGGGCUACCCACAGACAAUCCGACGCAGACUUGCCAUGUUCUUUGUGCUGGGACUCGUGUUGUGGAUAAUGGUCUUGUUCCCACUCACAUAUCCAGCCCUGUAUGCUAACGAUGUGUAUGUGUUAUGAACCUGCAGUCUCUUUCACCGGUGCCUGGCAGUAACUGAAAUAAAGAUAUCUUAAUUAUU